AUGUCGGCCGUUCAGACUCUCACACAGCCCAUUGAACCGGAUAUUCAAUACCAUCCUGACUUUUUGAAGUAUCAAGAGCGCACCCGCCGUCGUAAGGAGUCUGAGUCGCUCCAAACCAGCCUACCAGCCGGGUUUCCUCCGAAGUUGGUUUCUCCGCUUGUCUGGGAGGGGAAAGAUGUAGAGAAGACAAACGAUUGGAUUUACAAGCUGAGCGAAAUUCAGCUCGACGAGAUUGAUUCCGCACUAACAAAUUUCAAAUCACUCAACAAGCCCCUGGGUUAUAUCAAUGAGUCAACCUUCCCACUCCCUAAUCUUCGCCCGGUCUUGAGGGACCUGUCGAAAGAAAUUCAUAAUGGGAGAGGAUUUUUUGUCCUUCGAGGCUUGCGGAUUGAUGCAUACUCGCGAGAGGAAAACAUCAUCAUCUAUACUGGAGUCUCUUCCCAUAUCGGAAGUAUUCGCGGUCGCCAGCAGGACACGCGGCUACAAAAUGGAACUUCUCCUGUGAUAUCACACAUCAAAGAUAUCACAAACACAGUGGAUAGAGGACAGAUCGGGGCACCUUCUAAUACGGCGGAUAAGCAGGUAUUCCAUACAGAUGCAGGCGAUAUUAUUUCACUGCUCUGCCUGAGCCCAUCGGCUGAAGGAGGCGAGAGUUAUCUGUCCAGCAGCUGGAAUGUUUACAAUAUUCUUGCAAAAGAAAGACCUGAUCUGAUUCACACUCUUUCCCAGGACUGGCCGGUGGAUGGAUUCAAUAACCCGAAGAAGCCCUACACUCUUCGUCCUCUUCUCUAUCACCAACCGGCGACGGAGAAUACACCCGAGCGUGUUCUCAUUCAAUACGCACGACGAUAUUUUACCGGAUUCCUCGCCCAGCCUAGGUCACCCGGUAUUCCUCCUAUCACCGAAGCCCAGGCCGAAGCAUUGGAUGCACUGCACUUCUUGGCCGAGAAGUACAGUGCAUCUCUGGACUUCCAAAAGGGGGAUGUUCAGUAUGUUAAUAACUUGAGUAUUUUUCAUGCGCGAAAUGGAUUUAGAGACCAACAAGGACAAGAUAGACGUCAUCUUCUACGUCUCUGGCUGCGCGACCCCGAGAAUGCGUGGCAGACCCCCGAACCCCUUCAACAUCGCUGGGACACUGUCUACAAAGACGUCACCGAGGAGGAGCAGGUAUUCCCUCUGGAGCCCAUUAUUCGAAAGAACGUGGGCUCAUAG